CAAGUGGUCACCAACAGACAGAUCCAACUGUUUCUACUAAAGUGUUUCUAUUUGAUACUUUGCUUUCUCCAAAGCCUCUCCCACUCGUCACUUUCUUCCCUGACCCCUUUCAGAUUCACUCCACACCCCUUUCAUAUUCAUUUUAUGCUGAUCCUCUUGUCCCUUCUCCCUCAUUUCCCUGCUUCUUUCUCUUCAUCGCGUUAAGGCUCUUGGAAAUCUUCCUUUCUGCUUGCUCGUCCCCUUGUGGCAUCUGCGAAAACCUCAGAGAAGGGAUGUAUAUCCUGAAACUUCUGCGGGUUUCUAAGUGACGCUGAGCAUGCUCAGUAGCUAGAGCAGGUUUUGUUCGCCAGCAGCUGGCCUGAUUCGACCUCUCCAAAAAUAGACAUUUAACUCUCUGAACUCCUGUUUAAGGAUGUAACUCGUUUUGCUCUCUCCUCGUUUUCAAGGUUCAAAGGGAAGCAGCGAGGAUUCCAAGGUCCCACCGCCCUCGCAGCCAAUGACGGCCGUGGGAGGGAGGAGCUUGGUGCAGCUCGAGCUUCCGAGGGUUUCAUCCCCAGCAGAUGCAGCGGGGUCUGAGCUCUGCUGCAUCUGUCACAGCAGAACAAAAUAACAAAACAAAACAAAACGGUAGAAGAGAAACGCUGCAGACGAUGGAACGCUGUAGGACUUUCUGAAACAUUUGCUGGGGAUUUCUGUGGAGCAUGCUCUUUUAAAGCGAAUUCUUUUUGGAGCCUAUUUGUGUGACUGGGAAAAUGACACAUAUGCUAAAUGCAGCAGCUGAUCGAGUGAAAUGGACCCGAUCGAGUGCUGCUAAGAGGGCUGCCUGCCUGGUGGCUGCGGCAUAUGCUCUGAAAACCCUCUAUCCCGUCAUUGGCAAGCGUUUAAAGCAAUCUGGGGACGGGAAGAAAAGAGAAGCGCUUGCUUGUCCUGCUGCAGAGAACAGAGAAAUACUGCAUUGCACCGAGACCAUUUGUAAAAAACCAUCGCCUGGAGUGAAUGCAGAUUUUUUCAAACAGCUACUAGAACUUCGGAAAAUUCUCUUUCCAAAACUUGUGACCACUGAAACAGGGUGGCUCUGCCUGCACUCGGUGGCUCUAAUCUCAAGAACCUUUCUGUCUAUUUAUGUAGCUGGUCUGGAUGGAAAAAUUGUGAAAAGCAUUGUGGAAAAGAAGCCUCGGACUUUCAUCAUCAAAUUAAUCAAGUGGCUUAUGAUAGCUAUCCCCGCUACCUUCGUCAACAGUGCGAUAAGGUACCUGGAGUGCAAAUUGGCUUUGGCCUUCAGAACUCGCCUAGUAGACCAUGCCUAUGAAACCUAUUUUACAAAUCAGACUUAUUAUAAAGUGAUCAAUAUGGAUGGGAGGCUGGCAAACCCUGACCAGUCUCUUACUGAGGAUAUUAUGAUGUUCUCCCAAUCUGUGGCUCACUUGUAUUCUAAUCUUACCAAACCUAUUUUAGAUGUAAUCCUGACUUCCUACACACUCAUCCAAACUGCUACAUCCAGAGGAGCAAGCCCAAUUGGACCCACCCUGCUAGCAGGACUAGUGGUGUAUGCCACUGCUAAGGUGUUGAAAGCCUGCUCUCCCAGAUUUGGCAAAUUGGUUGCUGAAGAAGCUCAUAGAAAAGGCUAUUUGCGGUAUGUGCACUCCAGAAUUAUAGCCAAUGUGGAAGAAAUUGCCUUUUACAGAGGACAUAAGGUAGAAAUGAAGCAACUCCAGAAAAGUUACAAAGCUUUAGCAGAUCAGAUGAACCUCAUUUUGUCCAAACGUUUGUGGUACAUCAUGAUAGAGCAGUUCUUGAUGAAGUAUGUUUGGAGCAGCAGCGGACUAAUUAUGGUGGCUAUACCUAUUAUCACUGCAACUGGCUUUGCAGAUGGUGAUCUAGAGGAUGGCCAAAAACAAGCUAUGGUUAGUGAACGGACAGAAGCCUUUACCACCGCUCGAAAUUUACUGGCCUCAGGAGCUGAUGCUAUUGAAAGGAUUAUGUCUUCAUACAAAGAGAUCACUGAAUUAGCAGGCUAUACUGCUCGAGUGUACAAUAUGUUUUGGGUCUUUGAUGAAGUAAAAAGAGGCAUUUAUAAGAGAACUGCUGUCAUUCAAGAGACUGAAAACCAUAGUAAGAAUGGAGUUAAUGUAGAAUUACCUCUUGCUGACACAUUGGCAAUCAAAGGAAAAGUUAUUGAUGUGGAUCAUGGAAUUAUUUGUGAAAAUGUUCCCAUAAUUACACCAGCGGGAGAAGUGGUGGCUUCCAGGCUAAACUUCAAAGUACAAGAAGGAAUGCAUCUUUUGAUAACUGGUCCCAAUGGUUGUGGGAAAAGUUCUCUCUUCAGAAUUUUAAGUGGGCUCUGGCCUGUGUAUGAAGGAGUCCUCUAUAAACCACCUCCUCAACAUAUGUUCUAUAUUCCACAAAGGCCAUAUAUGUCUCUUGGAAGUCUUCGGGAUCAAGUCAUUUACCCUGAUUCGGUGGAUGAUAUGCAUGAUAAGGGUUACACAGAUGAAGAUCUGGAAUGUAUUCUAAACAAUGUCCACCUCUACCACAUAGUUCAACGAGAAGGAGCAGCAUGUAGAGAAUUGGAUAAGGAUGGGAUGCUGUUAUGGACUGGAAAGAUGUCCUGUCAGGAGGGGAAAAGCAGAGGAUGGGCAUGGCUCGCAUGUUCUAUCAUAAACCAAAAUAUGCAUUGCUGGAUGAAUGUACCAGUGCUGUCAGCAUUGAUGUUGAAGGAAAGAUAUUUCAGGCUGCAAAAGGGGCUGGGAUUUCCUUACUGUCUAUAACGCACAGGCCUUCUCUUUGGAAAUACCACACUCAUUUAUUACAGUUUGAUGGUGAAGGAGGUUGGCGCUUUGAACAAUUGGAUACUGCUAUCCGUUUGACAUUGAGUGAAGAAAAACAAAAGCUAGAAUCUCAGCUAGCUGGAAUUCCCAAAAUGCAGCAGAGACUCAAUGAACUAUGUAAAAUUUUGGGAGAAGACUCAGUGCUGAAAACAAUCAAAAAUGAAGAUGAAACAUCCUAAUUUGUUUUGAUAUGUUUUAAAAGUUAAUUUUUCGGUAAAGGCUCAGAGACACUCUGUAAUACUGUAUGCAAGUAUGUUAAGCUAAGCACAAUGAGGAAAAAAGUCAGCAAGGAAUGUUUUAUAAUAUUUUAGCAUCAAGGAAGUAUAUGAUCUGACUUUUCAGAAGAAAAUAAACAAGUGCAUUAUGUAAGAUUAGUCAUUAUGGCUUAUAUACUAAUUCCUAGUGAAGGCCUAAUUCACCUGUAAAACAGGAUUUUCUAGGUGAAUUCAUGAUGAAUAUCAGAUUUACUAUGUAUAUGUGAUGUGUUUGAAGUCCUUAACAAACAUGGGUGAUAUCUCAGAAAUGAAACAACUUAAGAGUGGCAUGUGGGUUGAUAUCAGGUGCAUAAAAUUAGAACUUUGAGUAACAUUUAGUCCAUUUAUAGUUGAUACUAGGUUUAAUAGUUAGAAUUCAUGUUGAUCAUUACUAGCGGCCAACUAAACCUGUAUGCAGAAUAGCUGACAGUUUGAUAAAUAAUUCCAACAUUAAAAAAUUCUUUUAAUGACAGUGGUUGAAACAAAAAAGCAUGGCUAUAUAUGUAUAAAAUGCCAUAUUUUUAAAUUUUAGACUUUGAGCAUCUUAAUGAGGGCACAUAACAAAUUAAUUUUAAUAAGAAUCUUACAUAUUUGUUAAUAAGCCCUUUCAUUUUCAAAAGAGAAUUGCCAACACAGAAAAGGAGUAUCCAAAAGUUGUUUGUCUCAGCCUGUUGCUUUACUUGGCAGCAUUAUCUAUUGUAACUUCUGUUCAGAAAUGCUGAGCUUGUUUUUGUGCCCAAAGGAGGAGUCCACAUUUUUAAAAAUGCAGUGAUAUAAUAGAAUAUAGUGAUUCUGAAAAUCACAGUAAUAAUAACAUACAUUGCAAUCCCACUUUAUGUAAUCAUUUAAAAUCCCCAUUUGCAUCAUUUCAUUUUAACCCUUUGAACUCGCUUGCUUUUUUCUCAUGAUCCACUCGACAUUAUCCACACUCGACAUUCGAGUGCAAGGGUUAAUGCUUGCAGCAAUGUUUUGAGAUGCAUAUUAUUUUUCUUACUUUGCUUCUGAGAAAAUUGACAUUCAGACUUGCCCUAAUUAUGCAAUGUAUUUAGGGACAGAUUCACCCUGGUUCAGUGCUGUUUCCACUAUUAUUCUUUAAAUCUAAUUGGGUUAGAAUAUCGAUACAAGUUAGAUGAGAUGUUGAAAAAAAAAAAUAAAUUUGGUAAUGCUAGUGUUGCUGUUAAUUUGGUUAUUAUUUACAAGAAAUGAAAAUUAAGUACAAAAUAGAAAAGGCAUUGGUCUGUGGUUUCAAAUGAGCCAAGGAAGUUAGCAAAUCUUUCAGUGACUAUGCAGUCUUAGUAUCAGUGUACCUCUAAGAUAUCAGCAUCAGAAGGGCAAUUAAUUAUGUUUUUGAUAAAUUUAAUAUUUAUUGAGCAUAAUGAGAAAUAAUCUGUAUAGACCAAUCAUAUGAAAUAGAUCUUAUCUAUUUGUGUGCCCUGGAAAUGGAAGUACAAAAGCGGGGACUGAAACUUUAAUCUCUUCCUGCCCAUGCCACCUUGCUGAUAGACUAGAAAAAAAUCAGAAUGAUCAGUUGUUAGGGGUUUAGGAUUUUAUUUGCAUAUUUAGACAUAGCCAUAAAAGACACUAAGUCAGUGAUUCUUGCUUUUUCAAGCAAUAGAGUACAUAGAAGUCAUUCAUAAUAGUUGAUGUAGAACAUCAUAACAUUUCCACAAUUUUAAUUCUUGCCAUGACAACUAGGACAUUUUAAUUAUCAAUAAAUGUAACCAUCGUAUAUGAAGGAAUGUAAUAUAAGAAAAUAAUCAGCACAUCUGUCCAAGUGUUUCUGUUAGUAUCAUUAGCUACUCAUUUAUUCAUUUGUCAGUUACUAAUACUUCUUAUUAGAAAAGUGAGGCAGGAAUUAAAGGUUUAAUAAAAUCAUGGAAUCCAAGCUUAAACGCGCUAAAAAAUUUCCAUUAAUCUGAACUUCUAUGUUAGCAGUUAUCCAGUUUAUACUGUUAUAAGGGGAAAAGUAUGAGGCAAGUUUAUUAGUAAGUUAACUUUUAAAGGUGUAAGAAGAAGAUGAGAAGUCUUCAUGUGAAACGUGCAUAAUUUUUAUGGCUUAAUUUUCAUAGUUUCAAAAAUAAAACAUUCGGGACCUGAUACUUUGUGUUUUGAAACUUUGAAAAGAAUGCUAAAACAAAGACUAUAUUUGUAAUGAGCCAUUAUUUAAUGUCUUACUAAUGAGCUGAAGUAAAAAAGAUUCAUUAUUUAUAAUGUGCAGGAUCCAAGGAUGUUAAUAUUCUCUCUUAAAAACUAUACACACUGAAAUUUAAAUGUUAACUUUCUAAGAUGAACAUGUUUUCCAUGAGCUUUUCAUCCCUAUUUAUUUUCUCAUUCACUUGUUUUCCCCCUGACCAAUACCCUCUAUCUUAGAGAGGAAAAAAAUCACCUGUGAUUUGAAUUUGUAUUUACAUAUCAUUAAAAUGUUUCCAAAAUGAUCCAGUGCAUAUACCAUAUUUACUAUUCUUAUAGUUAUAUUUCAUGAAAAAAAAAUUCAAAAGAUUGAGAAAACUAAAUAGCCAUCUUUGAAUAUAGCAAGGAAUAGAUGAGGAAAGGAAAAAGAAAGAAUAUUUCAAUUUUGAAACUGCUUUUUCAUGUUAUCUAUUUGCCCAAACUUUUAACUUCUUUCUUUUUGUCAAAAAAGUUAUAUAUGUUAUGAAGUUUGAUUUUUAAAUGUGCACUUUUGAGAGUAACUAUUAAACUUGGAAAAUAAGCUGCAUUCUAUGAAAAUGCUGUGUUGUAUUUCUACAGCAUGUGGUGUUAUGCCAAACUUGAAUCUAAAAUUAGCAUCUGUUCUUGUUAACAGGAUCCCUCUGGAAUAAUCUCAAGAAGAAACUCAACCCAAGUUUACAUUUGCUUACAAUGGGAAUGGUUUUCUCUUGAUAGUAAUUUGUUUUUGUCUCUAAUUUUGGUCUGUCAGGAAAGGUAUAAAUGAACAUGUUAGUUUAUUUGAAACACUGGUUCCAAGUAUAAUUUUGCAUUUGGCAAUAGGCAUAGUCUUUUACAAUCUGUUUGGGAUUGUAGUUUUUUUUGAUUCUAUAAGCCUAGAAAAAAAUCUGUUACACAUUGGAACCUAAAUUCAGAGAAUGUUACUUCUGAGAUGUGCAUAAAGUGGUCAAGGUUAUUAAAUCAUCAAUUAAAAGAGA